AUGGCUCUAUGUGUGUUCUCCCUCCAGAACUGCAUCAAGGGUGAGGACAGGCUGGCCAUCCUGUGUACCACCCCGUCCCUGAAGAACCUGGGUCUGCAGACUCCUGUGGUCACCAAGGUGGCGUUCGUCCUGGAUGGUUUCUCCACGCCCCAGUUUGACCUGCUCUAUGUAGAGGACCCUCGCUUCGAGGACUUUCAGAGACCCACCGUCACAUCAAAGGGCAACAAGAGCAUUCUGGAGAUUAAGGUGCCAGGCCGUGUGGAUGUGGAGGCGAUGAAGGGGGAGGUGCUGAAGGUGUCUAACAGGACCUGUGAGAGCGUAACUGUGGUGGGGAACACUCUGGAGUGUACUGUCCCCAUGGAGCUAUGGGACGCAACCAACGAAUUGGAGGUGGAGUGGCGUCAGGCGUCGUCCUCAGUGAGUUUGGGCAGGGUGAUGUUGGCCCAUGAGCAGGACUACAGAGGGCUGCUAGCUGGCUGUGUGUGUGUCAGUCUGCUGCUGCUGAUGUUGCUCACUCUGUUCCUCUGGAAAAGGAGGAACAAACACAUUGACGAUCUGGCUGAGGGUAAGGUUUGGUAUGACGGCAGGGCUCACAUUCAGCACUUGGAUAUGUUGGCUAACGCCCGGAGCGUCAGCCCCACUAACGAAAUGGUGUCCCACGAGUCUUUGGACUAUAGAACCACCCUGCCGGAGGACCAGGGCGUGGAGAGGCCAGAGUCAUGCAGGGGGGCUCCCCCUAUCUACGGGAGCCAUGGGGAGCUGCUGUCCCCCAGAUUGGGGCUCGGAGGCAUGGGUCUGGGGGCAGAGGGGGAGCUGGUGUCCCCUCUCCUGUCGGCCCCGGUCCACAUCGACCCGUCCCAGCUGCACCCGGACCUCCUGAAGGAGGUUCAACAUGUGGUCAUCGCCAGAGAACAUCUGCUGUUACAUUUUAACCAGGUCAUCGGCAGAGGGCACUUUGGCUGUGUGUUCCACGGUACCUUGUUGGAGGCUGACGGACAGAAGCAGCACUGUGCCAUCAAGUCUCUCAACCGGAUUACUGACCUGGAGGAGGUGUCUCAGUUCCUGAAGGAGGGGAUAAUCAUGAAGGACUUCAGCCACCCCAACGUGUUGUCUCUCCUGGGGAUCUGUCUGCCCCCUGAGGGCUCUCCUCUGGUGGUGCUGCCAUACAUGAAGCACGGAGACCUCAGGAACUUCAUCAGGGACGAGACACACAACCCAACAGUGAAGGACCUGAUGGGCUUUGGUGUGCAGGUGGCCAGGGGCAUGGAGUAUCUGGCCAGCAAGAAGUUUGUCCACAGAGACCUAGCUGCCAGGAACUGCAUGCUGGAUGAGAGCUACACAGUGAAGGUGGCAGACUUUGGCCUGGCCAGGGAUGUGUAUGAAAAGGAGUACUACAGCAUCCACAGCAAGAGUGGAGUCAAACUACCGGUCAAGUGGAUGGCCCUGGAGAGCCUGCAGACACACAAGUUCACCCCCAAGUCAGAUGUGUGGUCGUUUGGCGUGUUGCUAUGGGAACUGAUGACCCGGGGAGCCCCGCCCUACUCGGACGUCAACUCUUUUGACAUCACAGUGUUCCUACUGCAGGGGAGACGCCUGCUGCAGCCAGAGUUCUGCCCCGACGCACUGUAUAACGUGAUGGUUGAGUGCUGGCACCCUAGACCAGAGCAGAGGCCUACCUUCUCAGAGCUGGUGUCCCGUAUCAAGUCCAUCUUCUCCAGCUUCAGUGGAGAGCACUACAUACUUCUCAACACCACCUAUGUCAACAUCGACAAGAUGACCCCCUAUCCCUCACUCAUUUCCUACUCCUCAUCCUCGUCCUCUUCCUCCACCCGUCAGGGCCACCCCCUGGAGCGAGACUGCUGCACCUGAUGGGGGGUGGGGGAUGGGGGUGGAGAGAGAGAGAGAGAGAGAGAGAGAGAGAGAGAGAGAGAGAGAGAGAGAGAGAGAGAGAGAGAGAGAGAGAGAG